UGCGUUUCGCCGGCUUCCAUCACUAACCUCCCGGAGGUCAUCAAGCCAAAUUUAUGAGUGGCCGCUCCAGUCACGUGACUCUAUUUAAGGCUCCCUUAUUUGGGAAGAGCGCAUAGGAUAAAGAAAGAGAUAUCUCCACCUAUAAAUUGUGCACUUUGGAGAACAAAAAACCCCUCAACUUCAAAGAGUCACAAAUCACCCUUAAUCAAAAAGGGUGCAGAAAUUUUUUUUGGGCCCUCCCCGCCAUGAGCUCCUACGUAGCCAAUUCAUUCUAUAAGCAGAGCCCCAAUAUCCCUGCCUAUAACAUGCAAACUUGUGGGAACUAUGGAUCGGCCUCAGAGGUGCAGGCAUCCAGGUACUGCUACGGUGGAUUGGACUUAAGCAUCACUUUCCCACCGCCUGCGCCUUCCAACUCUCUUCACGGGGUAGACAUGGCUGCCAACCCCCGGGCUCACCCCGACCGCCCCGCCUGCAGCGCCGCAGCCGCUCCGGGACACGCUCUGGGCAGAGAUGAAACGGCUCCUCUGAACCCCGGGAUGUACAGUCAGAAGGCAGCUCGCCCAGCGCUGGAGGAGCGAGCUAAGAGCAGUGGGGAGAUCAAAGAGGAGCAGGCGCAGACAGGGCAGCCCGCCGGACUGAGCCAGCCACCGGCUCCGCCACAGAUUUACCCGUGGAUGACCAAACUGCACAUGAGCCACGAAACGGAUGGCAAGCGGUCCCGAACCAGUUACACGCGCUACCAGACACUGGAACUUGAGAAAGAAUUCCACUUUAACCGCUACCUCACUCGCCGCAGGCGCAUAGAGAUCGCCAACAACUUGUGUCUCAACGAGAGACAGAUCAAGAUCUGGUUCCAGAACCGCAGGAUGAAGUGGAAGAAAGAUUCCAAAAUGAAGAACAAAGAGGGUCUUUAGAGGAAGCGGGGAGCCCCCGCAGAGUGCACCCCAGUCGGCUUUGGUCCCUGCACCGCCGCCUGUCCUUUUCGGUUUUCCUCGUUCUAGAUUUUGGGAAGGAGGCUGGAGCACUGGCUCUGGGCCUCCCAAACAAAAGCGCAUUUCCUUGGCAUUCCGUAUUCCCUAUCGACCCAAGGCUCCGCAGGGCUGCCUGCCCAGCUUGUCUCGCCUCAGCUCAGCUGAGCACCCCAUGCCGAGGGCACACUCUUGUAUGGUUUGCCCGCAGGGUUACGGUGUAUUACUGAGCCGGUGCUGGAUAAACCUCAGUCUCCAGGCCUAGCUUGGCCAGCCUGAGUUAAGGUGAGACCAGCCCGGCUGUAACCCCUCCGCCCGACCUCCACCUCGCCCUCUCCUUUGUUCCCGCUUAGGCUGGCCAGGCCGGGGAAGGCUGGUUGUGCCAGGCCGAGGCUAUGACCAGACUUCGGGUGCUUUCCUAUAGCAAUUAACCUUUAUAGCUUUUAAACUUGUCUUUACUUAUUAACGAUUUGCAUAUGAAAGAGAGAAAAGAGUGAGAGUGGGCCUGUAGCUGUGGAGGUUGUCUUAUGCCCUCCAAAUCUUCUAACCCCCUCCCCAAAACUCGUGAACCUCCCCAGCCUGGCCUGCUGCAUGCACUCUCAGGCUCACAGUCCCAGCCUCCUAGCUAGCUCAACUAUUGGGGGGUCUCUUGCCUUUGGACCCUAGCAAGUGGAUCUUGAGGCUUUUUGCUAUCCUAUAUAUCUUGUCACGACUCUCUCACUUUCCUGCCCAUUUCAGUUGCCUAACUAUUUAUUGACCCCAGGUCCUUCCUGAAACUAUAUUUUGUCAUAUCAAAUAAAGAUGAAGAAAGGACAAGACUAAACAUGCAGUGACUUCUGUCUGUGUAGGGCAUGCAUUGAGUAGAUGUGUCAGGCUCCAAGGUGUAUGGAGAGAGGCCC